AUGCAAGCUGUACCUGUUCUAUCAUCGGCAUUCAAUUAUACAUCAUCAUCAGUAUCUACAAUUGGAUAUUUGACUUCAUUUGUUGCAUCUACGUUCUCAUCGUAUAAUUCAUUACCUUCAUCAUUGAUACUUAAUUCAGCUUUAAAAGUAACAACAUUAACAGAAGUACCUAAUUUUAUGGAUGCACCAAUUCCAAUUCCUGGAAUUGGUUGGAAUUGGAAUUGGUCGGAAUUGGUUUGGAAUUGGUCGAAAUUGGUUGGAAUUGGUCUAUAA